AUGGACCUGAGCGCGGCCGCCGCGCUGUGUCUCUGGCUGCUGAGCGCUUGCCGUCCCCGCGACGGGCUGGAAGCUGCCGCGGUGCUCCGAGCGGCGGGGGCAGGACCAGCCUGGAGCCCCGGGGGCGGCGGCGGCGGCCGCGGGCGGACCCUCGCCCCAGCUCCGGGCCCCUCGGCGCUUCAGGCCGACGCGGUUCCCGGGCCCCGCGCCGCGCGCCGCGCUGCGGGCUCUGGUUUCAGGAACGGCUCGGUGGUGCCGCACCGCUUCAUGCUGUCGCUGUACCGGAGCCUGGCUGGGCGGGCUCCCGCCGCGGCAGCCCCGGGGCACGGCCGCGCCGACACCAUCACCGGCUUCACAGAUCAGGCGACUCAAGACGAAUCGGCGGCGGCCGAGCCGGCCCAGAGCUUCCUCUUCGACGUGUCCAGCCUCCCCGACGUGGACGAGGUGGUGAACGCCGAGCUGCGUGUGCUGCGCCGGGGGUCCCCAGAGCCAGACGGGGCCAGCGCAGACCCCCUCCCCCCGCGGCUGCUGCUGUCCACCUGCCCGGACGCGGCGGGCGCGGCCCACCUGCUGCAGUCGCGGGCCGCCGAGCCGCUGGACGGGGCGCGCUGGGAGGCCUUCGACGUGACGGACGCGGUGCGGAGCCACCGGCGCGGGCCACGCGCCUCGCGCAGGGUCUGCCUGGCGCUGCGCGCGGUGGCCGGCCCCGGGGGCAGCCCGCUGGCCCUGCGACGGCUGGGCUUCGGCUGGCCGGGGGGAGGCGGCGGGGCGGCCGCGGAGGAGCGCGCGCUGCUGCUCGUCUCCUCCCGCACGCUGAGGAAGGAGAGCCUGUUCCGGGAGAUCCGGGCCCGGACGGCCGCCGCCGCCGAGCCGCCCCCCGAUCCUGGCCCGGGAACGGGCUCUCGAAGAGCAAGGCCCGGCGGACGCCGGCGGCGGCGGACCGCGCUGGCGGGGACGCGGGGAGCGCAGGGCGGCGGCGGCGGCGGCGGCGGCGGGGCCGCGGGCCGGGGCCACGGGCGCCGAGGCCGGAGCCGCUGCAGCCGCAAGCCCCUGCACGUGGACUUCAAGGAGCUGGGCUGGGACGACUGGAUCAUCGCGCCCCUAGACUACGAGGCCUACCACUGCGAGGGCGUGUGCGACUUCCCGCUGCGCUCGCACCUGGAGCCCACGAACCACGCCAUCAUCCAGACGCUGCUCAACUCCAUGGCGCCCGACGCGGCGCCGGCCUCCUGCUGCGUGCCCGCGCGGCUCAGCCCCAUCAGCAUCCUCUACAUCGACGCCGCCAACAACGUGGUCUACAAGCAGUACGAGGACAUGGUGGUGGAGGCCUGCGGCUGCAGGUAGCGUGCGGUCCGGGGGAGGGUCCUGCCGCCCAGGACCCUGACUGACCCUGAGCACCCGUCACCAGCCCCGAGGGACGGCGGACCACCCCCUCCGCCAGCACAGGGGAGCGCACGCGGGUCACACUCACAGUCACACACUCCUCUGCGCGCGCGCGCACCUUUACCGUGGAGAGCAGCCGCUGAGAACCUCGGGGAGCGGCUGGGUGUCAUAGCCAUGCUUAUCUGCCAACACCGGGACAAACCCGCUGUCCCUUUUUAAGAGAGGGGAGGUGUCUGUGUUUAUGCUGCGGCAGUUGACACUAAAUCCAAGUAGAAACGGGUGGGUUAGCAUUGGGUUCUCCCUUCAGUUGGAAGUGGUGUGGCCCCGCCGGGUGGCUGGGCUCCUGGCACUGGACGCUGAGUUCCACCGCAGAGCUGUGAUACCCAGAUUCUCUGGAGGUGUGCACUGGAGGGCGGGAGCAAGCACCCAUCCCCCUAAACGAGUCUGAUGGAGUACUGCCUCAGUUUUGAAGAAACGAGAGCUUUAUAUAUACAUAUAUAUAUAAAAGGGUUGUGCUGUAAAUGUCAAUGGCGACUUAAAACAAAUCAAUUCCAAUUAGGGAAGAUCUGGAAGGUAGAAAGAACAUUCUUUUCUUGGGGGUGGGUGUGAACUGGAGGAAAGGAGCGAGGACUAGGAUAGGAUCUGCCAGGUUUAGAAGCAUCUAGGAAGCGGUAGCAGGAGGAAGUUGGAGCCAUGGCCGUAAGUGGGGCUGCGGUGGAUUUUCCUAGAUGUGUGCCAAGAGGGUUUCUCAAGAGGCUGGAUUGAGUGUCCUGGGGCCGGCUACAGGGGAGGAUCCAAGCCCAUCUGCCAGGUAGGCAGAAGGCCCCCCAAAAAGCAAUGUGUGUUUAUGCUUUGCUAUCAAAUCCUUGGUGGCUCAUGUUCGUUGCUACACUUCUUUUUGGCAGUAUGAGGGGAGGUGAAGCCACACACAAAUGCUUUUGUCAGACCUAAACGCGCAGCCUGGACCUGCAGUGCAGGAGGAAGUCGGUCCUUGCCCUGCGAUGAGUGUGGGAUGAGCAGGGUGCAAGCCUAUCUCCAGAAUUCUUCCUCUGCAGAGGUGCUUGCUUGGACUUCUUGCUGCUUGUUCAUCCUUUGGGGCCUCUUGUCAACGGCUGCGGAAAGGGAAGCAAGCGGGGCCGCACCUGUUGGAAGGCUUCGCUGGCUGCUUUAGCGUUAUGCUGGGGUUUCUCCUUUAGGCUCUGGGAGAGGUAUCAGUUCUGCCCUUGUGUUGAAUGCCAAGGUCCAGGGCACUUUACAGGGAUUUUAGGUCUUAGUGGAUACACCACGCUCCCAAGAGUCAGGAAAGACAAAACAUGUAGAUCCACCUAAUUUAUUUAAGAGCCCCACCUGGGUCCUUUUCAUUUCCCCAAGGCGGGCGGGGAGGGUGGUAGAAUCCAUGAAUAAUUUAUUCUUAAAAUGAAGAGUUCUCUCCUUUCAGAAUGUGAACUUAGGCUGGGAAUAGCUGGAACCAGAAAAUGCAACAAUUUCUUUCUUUCUUUCUUUCUUUCUUUCUUUCUUUCUUUCUUUCUUUCUUUCUUUUUUUUUUUUGGUGCCUGGGCAGAGAUGUCCAUCCAGAUUUUUGGAUUCUGUUAGGGAAAACCCCUCUUCUGUUUUAGAUGAUUUAAUAGUGGCUGCCCUGACAUCACAAUGGAGAACAAAAAGCUAAAAGUUAUAUUAGAAAGUUUAAAAAAGUUAAUGAAAAUUACAGUUGACUAUAAUUAUUUUUUGAGAAAAAUUUAGAUGUUUAUGACUUUUGUAUGGAAGCAAACUUUGUUUUGUGUGUGUGUGUGUGUGUGUGUGUGUGUGUGUGACUAGGCCAAACAACUCUUGGGUAAAAAUAACUUGAUUUAGCCUGGGCGUUGUACAGUAGAGAAAUGUCCAUUGCCCCCUCUCCCCUUUUAAGUGGAUGACCUCUUUCGAACAAGAUGUGUUGCAGGUGAUGUUUGAAAGUGGGUGUUUUCCUGUGUUGAGGCUGCGCUGCAAAAAGGCGCUGUCCCCACCGUCCACUGCUUCUGAGCCCCCCCUCCCCCGGGCAUUCUUAAUUUCCUGGGUGAACAGAACAACUUCCAGGUUUCCCUUGACUCUCUACCAACAGUUAGAAGCAUCCCUAGCAGCCGUGCCCUUCCUCUGAUUCUGCUUCCUAUGGCCAUUUUCUAGAGGAUGUUUUAUGACCACAAAAGGGCCACCGCAUGUGGGGCAGAUGGGAUGUGGUUAAACUAGCUUUGCCAAGAGGCGGAGAAAGGCUGCUGUCUGCACAGUUGGGAACACUCUUCUGCCUGUCAUCUAGGAUCUAGGAUCUAGGAGGGCUGGGUGACCAGGACAAAUUCAGCUGCUCCCUGAAAUCCCUGGCUGGCCGCUGUAGCCAACACUGACCAUGUCUGGCAGGAUAUCUACCCCCCCACCCCCCCGCCAGCCUGAGAUCACCAAAGUCUCCCUGCUGAAGUAAACAGAAUUCUCCACGUUGUUGGGGAAACAGUGCACUACUACUUGAGAUAAUCUGAACCACUGCUUCAAGUGAGUGAAGUCUGAAGUCCCUGCUCAGGAAGCAGGGGCAGGCCAGCUGGGUCUGCCAGAUACUGAGCUGGUCUGCUCUGCUGCUUGAAGCCGUAAUUUAUGGAUUAAGGUAAACCCCUCCAUUGGCAGGAAGGCAUUUUCAGGAUUCCUAGACUCUGGCCUCGUGGGAUUUGGGGUUACCAAGCAGCUGGGCUUGGGCCUUGCAGAGAGGGUGGUCGGCUUCUUAAUCUUAUUGUGAGGAAAACUGUUGGAGCUGGGCUGGGCUGUAGUGUUUAUGCUUGGGCUUUGCCUACUUUCCUGGCACAUUUAUACUCAAGUGGCACAGGGGUAAUAAACUUGUGCAUUUUGUGGUUCUGCUGCCAAAGGCCAGGGGGGUCUCUCUGUCCUGUGCAGAAAUUGGGUGUGAGUCCUGAAGGGAGCCUGGGGCACACUCUGGAUGGAUCAGGAGACAGCCAGUUCCACAGGUCUUCACCCACCAGUGACUCCCAGUCAUGGGCAACACAAAUGGGGAUGUAGACUGCAAUCCUUCUCAAGGUACAUUCUUUCCAGGAGAGCAUCUUGUGCCACAAAGAGGAUAGCUCCUCCCUUGUUCAAGUCUGUCCUGAAAAGGUAGUGAAAAGUAGAGAACACACUGUCAUGGGCCUUGAUGGUUCUCCAGAGAAUGUCUCUCUCUCUCUCUCUCUCUCUCUCUCUCUCUCUCUCUCUCUCUCUCUCUGUGUGUGUGUGUGUGUGUGUGUGUGUGUGUGAAGCAGAGCACUUCUCAAUGGACUCAGCGUCAGGGUCCUCAGCAGGUGGGUUGGGAGGACAGAGGGUCUGAAAGCAGCUUUCUGUCAGGGAGCAAUGGGCUUCUAGUUCCCUUUCAGAAGUGUCUGGGAUAAGAAGGGAAGAGAGGAUGUGGAGGAGACAGCCACAUAGUUAUAAAAUUUGGGGAGUGGGUGAGACAUCACUAGAUCUCAUAGGGUGGGCAGUGGAUGUGUCUGAGCAGUCUUAGAAUAAGGGCGUCUGUGCACUAAGGAGUCAGCUCUCUUUAUAGUGGCACCUUGUAGGCCACUCAGGUAUCAGGGCAUCUCUUGAGACACCUGAGGCAAGUCAGUUAUGGGCAGUCAUCGCCCUAUCUAGAUCUUGAGCAUUAAAUGACAAUUGCUCCAGUCUCAAGUUUCCAAGGUUCUUCCUAGAAAACUUUCCAGAUAUUCCAAGGCAAAGUGACUGAUCCUAGACACAGCCACAUCACCAAAGUUCUGUGGUUCUUCCAAUGAGUGAGUAGGGGUGGGCUUGUGUGUAUAUCAUCUUAUCUAAAUGAAGCUUCAUGAAUGUUGCUUAAGUUUCUACCUAGGUGAGGCAGGCACAGGAGAGGCCAGGAUCUGGAGUCUGGUUCCCUACUAGCUAGAAGUUAUCCUGUGCCCUCUGGUUGGAGAGUGUGGCUAUCCUGACUCAAGAUGUCUUUGUGUUCAUAUUCAGCCACAUCCAGGCUGAGCCUGUCUGUUGACUAAGUGUUGGAAAAAGCCCCUAACUGUUGUGAGUCCUCUCUGGUGACAACAGAGGAAAGUGAAAGUUGUGCUCUGGUGGCAGCCUGGAGGCUCCAGGUGAAGUAAGAGAGCCUGGCUGCAGCUAGGCUGCCAUCCCAGGAUUUCCUCUCUAUGCCAUGGUUCUAAGGUCUGGCUGAAGUUUACCAGCAGAGUGAUCUGGUGGCAGGGACCAGUUGACCUUCUUGUUUUCUUUUAUACAACCCAGGAAUGGUGACAGAGUUAAGCAUUAGAUUACUAGAAGAGAGAAGUCUAAAAGAGGUUUAUUUAGACCACCGCCUAGCUCUGUUUUUGUUUUUUGUUUUUUUUUCCCCAUGUAGCUUUAGGCUGAAGUCAAGUUGCUUUUUUCCUUCUUUUGUGCCAGAGCUGAGAAUGGCACAAAGGGGCACCCUGAGUGGGGCAGUGGUGAGGGAACCCUGUUCUUAAGAGGACCACAUCCCAGGUUUCUGUGAGACUGGCAGUUGCUCUUUGGAGUUUGUAGGUGCAACCCAGGGCUGUGAGCUCCGAGAAUUAUUCAGGGACUGGGGUUGCUGAGCUUCUGACAUACACACAUCCAUCUUAACUGAGCCCCACCCAUGCUGUGCUUGUAGACAGCUCACAACUUGACUCUAGACCUUUCGGCAGACACAACUGGGGAUGGUGCUUCCUGGCAGCCUCGGCAGCCACUACAGCAAAGUGGAAGUCAGCGUGUGCAGGGAAGGGUGUGAGGUCACUGAAAAACCAGCCUGAAUUUUAAGGCUCUCUUGCUAAUGUUGCUCAUUCAAUGCACCCUCAUAGCAGCAGGCCUGGCUGUAGGUAAUGGUUCAUCCCUCCGGCUCAGUGUUGAGUUUGCAGGCCUGCCCCAGCACCUGGGAGGCAAACACAGGGCUGGUUUCUCUCACAUGCAUCCCUUUCGAUGGCAAGAAGGCUGUGGCAACUGAAGAAACUUCCUGCGACUCAUUUCUGUGUUUGGUGUAAAAAGCACAUUUUGCUCAUCAGGCAAACUUCCUUCUAGACUAGAAACUCUGCUUUCAGAGGGAGCUGCAAGAGAGAAUGUGCAGCCCAGAAACUUGUCCCUUUCAGUGGAUGCUGGAAUAAACUGUCUAAGGAAACCAGAAAAGGCUGAGGGGCAAACACAGCCACCGCAGGCCCUGUUCUACAGGCCUCCAGGAUGAGGCCAGAUGCUUUUGCUAUUUUGCUAUCGUUUGAAUGGUGGUGGCUGGAGAUGUGGCCAGGCAGGAGGCGGGCAUGCAAUCGUCUUUUGGGAAUCCACCACACCCAGUUCCAAUGUCUAGAGAUGGGGUGAGCUGCCAUGUUCUGCAUCUGGGACCCCCAAACUCUUGGAGGUCAGCAUCUAGAACUAAGUCUGGCCCUUCAGGUUAUGUGCACAUGGUGGAGCAAAACAAGAGUUCUGGGAAAGUCAUUGCAGGAGUCCUGCUGAAUUAGAAGCAAAUGUGAACGGAUCCAUCCAGAGCACACAGUCUUAACUCCCUGGAGAGCCAGCGUGUGGCUCUAUGCCUCAGGCUACUUGUUCACAGCAAUUGCAUAUGACCUGUCCCUGCUUUGACACUCAGUACUUCCAGACACUCCUGACAAGCCUGGCUCCUUUCAGAUAACCCCUGUGAGCUAUAAGCAUCCUUUGUCUGGGUUCUCAGUGGGUCAAGCCUGCAAGACAAGAUGUUCUGGGGGACCUUGCCCUGAGGCAGGAGUGAGGUCUUGACUCCUUCCAGGGUGCAGCAGGAAUCUGCUUUGAGGAUUGUGGGAUGGCUUGAGGAAUGGGCCCCACUUCUGGAGCCAGCCUGUCAGAGUCAUACACAGCCAAACAAUCUGCAUUCUGUUUAGAAAUUCGGAUCCAAAGCCGGGCGCAGUGGCACACGCCUGUAAUCCCAGCACUCAGGGAGGCAGAGGCAGGUGGAUCCUGGUGAGUUCAGGGCCAUCCUGGUCUACAAAGCGAGUCCAGGACAGCCAAGGCUUCACACAGAGAAAUCCUGUAUUGAAACAAAACAAAACACUGAAUUGAUGAUCCAGUUUGGUUAGAUCCAGCAUGCAACAUGCUUCCUGGCCGGGAAACAGGCUAAUGUUCCAAGCUGGGAACAGAGGCUCUCCAGAGAAAAGUUUCUCUGGCAUCUUCACUCAGAUAAAUCACAGACUAACCCUGAGUACCCUUAGUGUAAUUUUGCAUUUCACUUUAUAUGGUAGGACAGCUUUUAUGUUUUUGGUUCUUUGAUAAAGAGUCCUAACUAGGUCUUUUAGCUGGAAGUUGGUUUUUUCCCCCACUCUAAAUGAAUAGUUUGUGUACUCAAAACAAAACAAAAUAAGGCUUUACAUGCUGUCUGUGACUUGCCCUUUUAGUGGGUGACAUAAGCAGCUCUGAAAAGUUUGGGAUUGUUCUGUUUUAUGUAUAAAUUAAGAAGCAGAUCCUUCUAGUCCUCUCCCGGUGAAGGUUGUUGCUGACUCCUGAACCUGCUUAGGGCACGGCUGUGUAAGUAGGUCCUGGGUGGGCAGCAGAAUUCAGCACACAGUGAGAGGCCCACAGCUUAAAAAGUAAACUUAAUCUGAUUCCAAUACUGUUAUUUUAAGGAAAUGGCAGAACUCGAAGCAAUGAUAAUGCCACCAAGGCUCAAUUCCACGCUGUUCCCUUAGCAGCUAAAGGCAGAAUUAAUUAGUUUCAGGGGAAGUCGCUUUCAUUUUGCAAUGACACCUACUGUUCCUCCUUUCGGGUUUUCUAAGAAGGCAGUGGCGGGUGCUGGGCAGGAGAGGUUUUUAAAACCAAAAUCUCCUUGUUGGCGAUCUUCCAGCUCAGAUUUGACCAGAGCAGAGGUCUGGGGCUUGCAGGCUGCAGUUGGGGAUCUGUCUGCUGCCCAACCUGGUCACUUGGGCAGUCCUUGAUAACAUUGUGCAAUGCUGCUGUGACCAGACCAGCUAGCGGAGAACCCUUGGAGGGCAGGCACGAAUCCAUGUGUAUAUGUAUUCUCAGAUUUAAGUAGGUUGUACAUAUUGAAAUGUAAAUGACCUGUAAAACAGCAAACUAUUUUUCUCAGCCUUUACAUAGCAGUAUAUAUUUGUUAAACAGCUCUGUAUGCUCAUCAUUCACCACUUUAAUAUUAAUUUUGUACAGAUUACGUCGAUUAAAUAUUUUAUUCAUAAAA